AUGGCCUCGUCAUCCUUCGUAAAGGGCUUGUCUUUAGACAUAGACCCCAGUCACAAUAUUCCAGCGUAUUUUGUCAAUCUUCUGGAUGUGUCUGGUCAAGAUACAACGUCAAACAUUGAGCUUCGCUUUGACGAGAUUGCGAAAGAAAUCUUGCAUCACUUACUCUUAGUUCUUCGAAAUGCUAACGGAACAGUCACCACCUUUGAGGUGCUGGAGCUCGAAUUCUACUUUUGGAUGGCUGAGGUCCACGAAGAUCCUUUUACGCAUGGGGCCCCGGAGCAAGCAAGAAGUGGAAAUUGGUACUUUCAUCGUGCUCCUCAAAAAUCGAAUGACCCCGGGAAGUCGUCAGCCAUCGUGACUGGGGGCUAUCGAGGAGGUACAAGGAAAGGCCUGGAUAUUACCUUCGGGCCGUCCCUGGACAUCACUUCGCCUUACUUCUCCCCUCCUCCCUUGAAGGAAACCUCUAUUCCUUCGAACAGAGGGGGUAUUCUGCUUCGAACUCUGCGUAAUACUUCUACCGGUCGAGUUAUCUCUGGGCCUUCACUUGUAGUCGACGAAAUAUUAAAGUUCAGCUGGGUGACAAGCAUAUCGGACCUGGUGACCAAACAAUGGAGGGGCGAUAUAUCUGCAUUCCGAAAGAAUGCACAUAGUGCUCCUAAUACAUCUGUGCUCCGUUUCGAGGAGAAAGAUGAAGCUGAGAUACAGGCUGUGCGUAUCUAUCAAUCGCCUAGAAUCGGUCUUGGUCUGUCACAUCCUAGUGUUUCUUCAUCAUUUGACAAUCCACGUGUCGUCUUUCUAUCAAAGCCAUAUCGAUAUUUUAUCCACCCAGAACUCUUGACUUCGAAUGGUCGACCACAGACUUUUCUCGGAAUUCUAUCUUCAUUAAAGGCUGCGUCUCCAGACAAACCUGAACCGAAAAAACUUAUUGACGAUAUUCGUGAUAAAAGUGGGAUGAAGACUCACACUGUCGCGAAAUACCUCGAGUACUACUCGAGUGGACAUGGCUGUUCCAACUUAAAGUCCUUCAUAGGCUCGGCAAGUAAGGACUCACCUUCUAAUUAUCUACGAUUGAUGGGAAUCUUGUGGGAUGAGAGGUCACGAUCUGUCAAAAAUACUGUCGACUAG